AGGAUGAGAAACCAAACAACAGUAACAACCUUCAUCUUGCUGGGACUGACAGAUGACAGUGGGCUAAAGAUUUUGCUUUUCAUCUUUCUACUUCUCACCUACAUGUUGAGUGUGUCUGGAAAUCUAACAAUUAUCAUCCUCACCUUGAUUGAUUCCCACCUUAAAACACCUAUGUAUCUUUUCCUUCAGAAUUUCUCCUUUUUAGAAAUCUCAUUCACAACUGCUUGUGUACCCAGAUUCUUACAUAGCAUAACAUCUGGAGACAAGUCCAUUACCUAUAAUGCUUGUGCCAGCCAACUACUGUUCACAGACCUCUUUGCAGUAACAGAAUUUUUUCUUUUGGCCACCAUGUCCUAUGACCGAUAUGUGGCCAUCUGCAAACCCCUGCAUUAUAUGACCAUCAUGAGCAGCAGAGUCUGCAAAAACUUAAUCCUCUUCUGCUGGGUAGCAGCACUGAUUAUCAUUCUCCCACCAAUUAGUCUGGGUUUAGAUCUGGAAUUCUGUGACUCAAAUGCCAUAGAUCACUUUUGCUGUGAUGCAUCUCCUAUCCUGAAGAUCUCUUGUUCAGACACAUGGUUGAUUGAACAGAUGGUUAUAGUGUGUGCUGUGUUGACCUUCAUCAUGACCCUCUUGUGUGUAGUUCUUUCCUACAUUUAUAUCAUUAGGACUAUUCUAAGGUUUCCCUCUGCCCAACAAAGGAAAAAGGCAUUUUCCACCUGUUCUUCCCACAUGAUUGUUGUUUCCAUUACUUACGGUAGCUGUAUCUUCAUUUAUGUCAAACCUUCAGCUAAGGAUGAAGUAGGUAUUAAUAAAGGGAUUUCUCUCCUGAUUACUUCCAUUUCACCAAUGAUGAAUCCCUUUAUUUACACACUGAGAAACAAGCAAGUGAAGCAAGCUUUCCAUGACUCUAUUAAAAAAAUUGCAUUCCUUUCAAAAAUGUAA